GGCGGGACAAUGAACAAUGGCCAUGUCUCUGGAGGGCGGGGAGGCACCGGCAGGUCGGUGUGGCAGAUGUCAGGCAGUGCCCACAGGUGCUCGUCACCCUUAGCACAGGCAGGGGGCUGCAGCGCUCACACUCCGUACACUGCUCUACGUGCCAGCACUAGACGGCUCCCGCUCCCUGACGCAGUCACACAGCCUGCUGCCUCCUAGGGAACCGCUCCGAACCGCCGUUCUGCAGUGUACGCAUCGUCUGCACUGCCCUCUCCAGACAUGGGGAAGAAGAUGAGGAAGGGCUGCGACUGCAAGAGGAUCCUGAGGAACAACUGGCUGCUCAUCGCCACAGUGGUGGCCGUGGUAUUAGGUAUUGGACUUGGGGUUUUGGUUCGUGAAUAUGGAAAACUUUCCAACUUGGAUAAGAUUUACUUUGCAUUCCCUGGGGAGAUUCUGAUGCGAAUGCUAAAGCUCAUCAUUUUGCCAUUGAUUGUAUCCAGCAUGAUCACAGGUGUUGCUGCUCUGGAUUCCAGUGUAUCUGGGAAAAUUGGUUUACGUGCUAUUGUAUAUUAUUUCUGCACUACAGUCAUAGCUGUUAUUCUUGGAAUUGUUUUGGUUGUGAGCAUCAAGCCUGGAGUGACUCAAAGUGCAGAUGAAAUUGACAGAACAGGAAGUACACCAGAAGUCACUACUGUUGAUGCACUGCUUGACCUUUUAAGAAAUAUGUUUCCAGAAAAUCUUGUCCAGGCAUGCUUCCAACAGUACAAGACCAAGCGUGAAGAACUGAAGCCAUCAAAUGACAAGAACAGCACCAUUGAAAAGAAUGAUACUUUCAAUCUGUUUUUGACAGGAGAUCAGGAGAACAAAACAAAGGAAUACAAAAUUGUUGGCCUCUACACUGAUGGAGUCAAUGUCUUAGGCCUUAUUGUUUUUUGUCUCGUAUUUGGAAUUGUCAUUGGAAAAAUGGGGGAAAAGGGCCAAGUUUUGGUGGAUUUUUUCAAUGCCUUAAAUGAAGCGACAAUGCAAAUAGUCCAAAUCAUCAUGUGGUACAUGCCCCUUGGCAUCUUGUUUUUAAUUGCAGGGAAGAUAAUUGAAGUUAAUGACUGGGAGAUUUUCCGCAAGCUUGGUCUUUAUAUGGCAACAGUGCUCAGUGGACUUGCGAUUCAUUCCAUUAUUGUGUUGCCUCUUAUUUAUCUAAUAAUUGUACGAAAGAAUCCUUUCCGUUUUGCAAUGGGUAUGGCACAGGCUCUUCUUACAGCUCUUAUGAUAUCAUCAAGCUCAGCAACUUUACCAGUGACUUUCCGUUGUGCUGAGGAGAAGAACAGGAUAGACAAACGGAUAACAAGAUUUGUUCUACCAGUGGGAGCAACUAUAAAUAUGGAUGGAACAGCUCUCUAUGAAGCAGUGGCAGCAGUAUUCAUAGCACAGCUGAAUGACAUGAACCUGGAUGUUGGUCAGAUUGUCACAAUUAGUGUGACAGCUACAGCAGCCAGUGUAGGAGCUGCCGGGGUACCUCAGGCCGGCCUAGUUACCAUGGUGAUUGUACUGAGUGCUGUUGGGCUUCCGGCAGAAGAUGUCACUCUUAUCAUCGCUGUUGACUGGCUUCUGGAUCGAUUUAGGACAAUGGUAAAUGUUCUUGGUGAUGCAUAUGGAACUGGAAUAGUUGAGAAGCUCUCCAAGAAAGAAUUGGAACAAAUGGAUAUCGCAUCAGAAGUUAACAUUGCCAACCCUUUUGCCAUUGAGCCAACUGUACUGAAAAAUGAGGAGGACAGUGAGGGGAAAAAGUCUUACGUGAACGGAGGAUUUGCUGUAGAUAAAUCAGAUAACAUAUCUUUUACUCAGACAUCUCAGUUCUAAAUGAGCGAGGGGAGCUGAGCGAACACGAACAUAAUGGAACGUCAAAUGUAGAACACAGACAACAAAUUGAGAUUUUUCUCUUUAAUAUUCGAACUCAUAUUUUUUGCCUCUUGCCAGCAGGUUACAUGGAAAGGAGAGUUGUAAAAUACACAUAACUUUUUUAUAUGGGGACAUGAAGUUCGCAACGAUUUUGGAAUGUAUUACCAGUUAGCAUGUUCUUUACCUGGAUUGUGACAUCUAGGUCAGUAAUGUUAAUAUUUUGCAUUUGCUCAUUUGAAGCACAGUCUCUUGUGUCCUUCUGUUCUCUUCAUUUGGAGUAACAAACCACAAAGGUGAAAUGCAAGUUGCCUUAGACAUAACCUAUCCUUCUAAGAGCCAUGUGGGAAAGAAUCAGGAGGACAUUCAUUUAUGUGUCUUUAUCUUCAAAGCCAUCCCCCAACCAGUACCACCACCAUUGACUGUUAAUGGUUAUCAUUAAAGAUACAGUUUUUUUAACCCUUUAUUGAAUGUCUUAGGGAGAAACAGUGACAAAGAGCACCAUCAUGACAAGCAGCAUUUUGUUUAUAUUGUGCCCUUUAUUGAGUUUUGUCAAAAUAUAAGAAAGAUUUACUCUUAUAGUGUCUUCCAACUGAUUUUUGUAAAGAAAAGUGGAGCUUUUGCUUGUCUGGGCAUAGGGAUGAUACUCUAAAAGGGCAUUCUACAUAGUUAUUUAGGAAGCAUGUAAGCAUUGAGGAGAACCCAUGUAGAGCAUGCCAUUAUGGUAGCCAAGGGGAUUGGAGAUGCACUCUACCCAUACUAUUUGGGGCUCUCAUUGCAAUUCAGCGUGUCAUAUACUUAUUUGUCUACACAGAAAGUCACCACCACUGAUAUCUAUUAUACAAGUUAAUAAGACAUGACAUGGGUAUAAUAAAUGACCUAUCAUAUGUCUGCUGUUUAUAGCCAGUAGACAGACAGUGAAACACGCAUGUGAAAACUAUAAAAAAAAUAUUUACUUCAGUAUAUGUCUAUUGACAAACAUAUUAAUCUGUAUUUGUGCACUUUAAGAUAUGAAAUGAUCAAGAUCAGCUGUAUAUAAAGAAUGGUUCUUCUGGUCAUGGACUGAUUUUUGAUGAAGAUAAUUUCUACUGAACAUGAAUGCAAUUACAUAGCUGGUCUAUAGUUCUUUGAGUUCUUUAACAAGAGAAGUAUUGUGUCUUUUACUCAACAGAGCUGAGAAGUAUUGGACAUUUGUUAAAGGGAUAAAAUAAUUCACUAUUAGUGAGUUGUAUACUACAUUGCCUUAGCAUGGUAGACAUGCCUUUAAAUCGUAUUGCCAAAUAAAACUAGACUAGACAAGUGGAACGAUUUUGAUUAGAUUUCUUUCUGUGAUAAUCCUAGACUUGUAAACAGAAAUCUAUAUGCCUGUAGGAUAUGCCACUAGAAACCUUCUUAUUUACAUUCUGUUGUCAACGGAUUAAUAUUAUGUUCUUAUGGUUUAGACGGGUAGCAAAGGAUUACACCUUUAAAAAGUGUUCAUCACGACUCAGUUUUGUUGAGUUGCAGUAAACAUCACUGUGAAGUUAAAAUUUUCAGGAAAGAGAAUUUUAAGCCUUGAAAGAAAAGUUCAACAAUUCAGCACUUAAUGUCCAACACUGAAAAGAAGAAACAAUGGCAAUGAGGGCACAUGCUCAUUAUUUACAUUACAUGGAGAUCUGGUAUAAUCUGGUGUAUGAGAGAUAUUUAAAACAAAAGGUUAAUUACAAUAUAAAAAUAUAUUUCAGUAAAUUUCUACAACUUAAUUCAGCAUCAUCUACUUUCAUGUUUAUUUCUUUUUUGUAUUCAAUGUAGCUCCCACAUAUGCAACUUUUCUCAAGAUCAACAUUAUAGGUUGCAUCAUUUUCUUAACCACUUGUAGACCAGGACCAUUUCCCCCCAUUAUGACCAGACAAACAUUCCUUUUUUUAGUUCAUGGAGUCUUGGAAGCUAAACAUUUUCUUUUCAUUUGGCUAUUCAAAUAAUUCUUUUUUGAAACUUUUUCUGUGAUACAUCAGGCUUUAUAUUUACGUAUUUUUUAUAAUAGUAAAUAUACCUUUUUGUAAUAUGUGGCAAAAAUUUUAAUAAGUGUCCCUUUAAAAAAUGUUUUAAAUGCCACUAAAAUGCUUUUAAAAUUGUUCCCAAACUAUAACAUAAUUUUCUUACAAAUAAUUUUCUUACAAAUAUUAUUAUAUUUGUUUCUUACACAUCAUGCCUUACAUAAAAGACCGAUGGGGGAGAUUUAUUAAAGCCUGUCCAGAGGAAAAGUUGCCCAGUUGCCCAUAGCAACCAAUCAGAUCGCUUCUUUCAUUUUUAACAAGCCCUCUACAAAAUGAAAGAAGCAAUCAGAUUGGUUGCUAUUGGCAACUGGGCAACUUUUCCUUUGCACAGGUUUUGAUAAAUCUUCCCCGAUGUCGUGUAAUACAGCCCCGGACAUUGUCUGCAGAGGUGAUUUGGGUCUGCUAAGACAAGACCUCGGCACCUGGUGAUCACAUGACCUCCAGAACAGUAAGCAGGAAGCUUUAUAGACAGAGUUCAUUGAGUUAAUAAACUGCUCCUGUCUUUUCUCUGAAGAGCCUGGCAUUUAAUGACAAUGAGCUCUUUUCUUCAGCAGCAUCAUGAUCUCUGUACUGCUGCUGACUUUUAGAAAAGCCCUUGCUAAGUUAACGUGGACUGUCCAGACAUAGUCAAUGGGCUGUCAUCAAGCAGUAACUCUUCAACAUGACAUCUUAAAAUUACAUUAGGACUCCCACUAAAAAAGCCAAGUAUUCCAUUACAGAGAUGCGAGACAUUGUGUAAUGGUUACUUGAGCUCAGGAGACCCUAGUGGCCAGAAAACCCCCCAAAACAUGAUGAGGGCCUUCAGUGACUAAAUGGGUGUGUCAGAAAGCAAUGGAAGCUAUGAAGCUAGUGUAAACUGAGCUUUACACAUGGUUUCAAAGUAUCGCAGAUUUAUAAUUCUAUAUUCUUUAAAACAAGAGCAGACUUCUACUACAAAGAUGAAUGCACUGAGCAAUCAUACUAAGAAAUAAUGUAUUUUUUUUAAAGCAGACCUGUCAGCAAGAAAACAGCCCAUCACUAACCAGUGUAAUUCAUUGUAAUUCCAGGCAUACCUUUUAUAUUUCAAUAGUCCUCUCUAGGGCUAAAAUAAAAGCCUUUUUGAUAAUAUGUAAAUUAGGCUCAAAUGCUCAUGGGGUGUUCCCAGCAUGGCAAGAGCCCAGGAUUAACUAGCCCAUCUUUAUUUUCACUGCUUCCAUUCCCACUGUCAAAAAUAAUUAUAUAUUUAUAUAGCGCACACAGAUUCCACAGCACUGUACACUCAAUGUAGUCCCUGUCCCUAUCUAAAUUCACCUAUUAAUAUGUUUUGGAGUCUGGUAGAAAACCCACACAAAUACGGGGAGAACAUACAAGCUCACGGCAGAUGUUGUCCUUGGUGGGAUUUAAAUCUAGAAGCCCAGUGCUGCAAGGCAACAGUGCUAACCACUGAGCCACCAUGCUGUCCCAGGCAGAGCAGGUAUAUGCAAGCGGCCACAGAAGAGGUGAGCAAGAGAAGAUGGGCUGGCUAACCCUGGACUCUUGCCAUGCUGGGAUAUGCCCCCUGGGCACUUGUGCCUCAGUUAUUUAUUAACAAAAAGGUCUGUAUCUCAACAUUGAAAAGGAAUAUGGACAUAAAAAGGUAUGCCUAGAAUCAUGACAACAAGCCCUGUCUAGCCAUGAGCUCAGUUACACCCUGGUUGUCUUGCUGACAGUUCCACUUUGAAGAACACAAAUUAGAUGUGUAUUACAAUAUAGAAAUACAUUUAUAAAUGUAGUAAAAAUAUCAUAGUGACAAGUUAAGGCUCUAAAACUUUUCUUGUCACCAUAAAAAUGAUAAAUAAACAUAAAUGACAUAUUUACUGAAUUGAGUUAAUAAGAGCAUAAAUCUUUUCAGUGUUGUGACUAAUAAAUGACCAAACUGAGAUAACAUUGUAGCAGCUCUAUUGUGUAUGAUGGCUGUAAAAAUACUACUUGAAUCGGCCUCUUAUCUUAAUAGCCUUUAUUAAGUAGCUGAAAAUAGAAAAUUAUAGAUGAUUGUGAUAUUUUUUUAAUUAACUAUUGACUAUUAUUGACUAUAUCAAGAUUUAAUACAAAAUGAAGCACUCAAACGUGUUGAAACCAAUGGAAGCAAAGGUAUAGCAGAUGUUAGUUCAGUUUGUUCUCUGACCUUUAAGUCAUGUGCCAAAAAUAUUUAAAUUUACUCUUUUGAGUAAAUAGCGUAUACAUUUAAUAAAUAUGUCAAACUGUAACUUUGAACUGUACAUGUGUAAUAUAAAAAGCAUUGUAAAUCCACAGGCAUUAAGUACCAAUCCUUCUGAAUAUAAUAAAAUAUGUGCAUUUGC